AUGCAGAAAGAGGUACGAGCAAGACUUCAAGACGCUCAGGUGACACUCCGAACCCUUGAGACCCCAGCUCAAGGGUACCCUGGCCAUGAUGCUCGAUUCUUUGAGAACUUGUGGAACACAAGAAAAGCUCAUCAGCUAGAUGCAAUGAACGAGCAGAAAAGUCGGAAACAAGAAAUGAUUGCUCUGUUGCUCGGGUUAGAGGAGGAGCUCAUAGGGGCUCGUGAACGACUCAGGGCGAUACAAGCAACCCGAAGUAGAGCCCAAACAUACGCUGACAACAAUGACCUCAUGGCCCUACCUGCUACUGUUGCAGAUGUAGAAGAGCAAAUUGAGGGUGUGGCAACGGCCCUAGGAGGUCCUGCAUUUAGAGCUUUGGCUGGAGCUACUGACAGCAAAACUAAUGCCCUUAUAGCCAUAUCUAUUGCACGAAGCAACCUUUAUGAGGCCAAAGUAGGCCUCAUCGAAUCCAGGCUACGUCGUCAUCAUAACACUGGGCAGCGACAUGCGCAAUACAAUGCGCGUCAACUCAGCAAGAAGACGGCUAACCUACGUGUGAAGUAUCAAACCUAUGAGCGCAAAGUUCUAAAGUACCAUACCGAUUUUCCAAGGGCAACACGCGUUCAACUCCCUGAGCUGGGAUUCGUUAUGCAGAUGUCAUUAGAGGAUGCUUUCUGGAAUAGGGGUGAGGUGAAUGAAGACGAGCUUGGUGAACAUGCUGACAAGUUUAGAGCUGGUAUAGAUGCAACCCUCCUGCAAAGGAGUGCUCUUGAGGAGCUGAGACGAAUUGCCAGGGAAGUCCGACAGAUGAUCGGUUGGGCAAAUGAAUAUCAUGAACGAAUCAUGUCUUUUAAGACACAAAUAGAAGAAGGCAAGAACAACUCUAACCUGGCUGGUGAUUCAGAAAACGACGCAGCCUGCCGGACCAGGAAGAGGUCCCUAUACACCAUCAUCUCAAGGAGAUCUUGCAAGCUGUGGAAGAAUUGGAGCCGCGACCUCCACCAUGAGCUUCAGGAGACUCGCGGAGAUCUGGCCGGUUGUGCCGAACUCGAUGAGGCCUUGGAGAUGUCUUGGGGGAGGGUAUGUGGAUGGGCAGAGGCGGAGUGGAAUAUAUUGGGGGGUGCUCCUGUAAUUCGAGCUGAGGAGCCGGACUUGUAUGAGGAAGAAGAAGACCAUUGGUAUGACCAUCUCUAUGACAUGAAUGGUGAAGUCUUGGGCAAUGAUUAUUAA